GUCGCCCGCGCCCUCGGGGCGGGCCGCGCGACGGCGCUGGUGAAAGACAACGGCCGCGCGCGAGGCAUUGUCGCAGGGGACGCCUUUCGGAGGUUUGUCGGCAAGGCCCUCUCCCAGCAGGCAAACCUGGGCAAGUGCCGCGUGUGGAACCGAGGCGGCUUCGAACCGACAGGACACCUGUCGCUGGGCACAGACGUGUGGGUUGGCGGCGCCGGCGCGCCCGAGGAGCACCGCGGCCGCGAGGUAUUCGGCGCGCCCCUGGGCACCGCAGCGUUCGCGGCCCAGUGGGCGCGGGAGAGGGCGGGCGAGGAGCGCAGCUUCUUGCGGAACCUUCCAAACCUGCCGGACCUUCAGUGGGCUUGGGCGCUCCUGCUGUGCUGCGCGGUGCCGCGUCCUGCGCGCGCUGCCUCCAUCGCUGUCGCGGCCCUGCGCCGAGGAGGCAGAGCGCGCGAGGGCUGCGCGGCUGCCGCCGCCCGCGACGGCUUUGCGACGCGCCCGACUUGGCAGGGCGUCUGGGGCGGCGCGCGCCCUGAGCAGACAGAGGCAGAGCCAGGUGAAUGGAAGCGCGGAUGGCAGUACCGCGCGUCAGCAGCACGAGAGCGGCGCUACAGAGAGGAAGUCGUGCUCACAGCCCUCACGGACGACCAGCAGUGGAUGCUCGACUCGCAGGGGGGUCGCUGCGGCGGACGGCCCCUGACCCUGAUCCCCUCGACGCCGGGCAGCACUUGCGCGCCAGAGCGUUUCCGGGCGCGCAGGUGCAACGGGCGCUCCUGCCGGGCCCGCUUGGACAGCGAGGCGACCGCAGAGCAGCGAUGCCGUGUCCGCGCCAUCGUGUUACUGCGCGACAUGAACCUUCCGGGCAUUGCCGCCAACGACUGGCGCCGCAUCGAGGAGGCGGUCAACGGCCUCCCUGCCCACCGCGGCAGGCAGCUCGCCAUCGACGCCUGCAUCGUCUCCCCGCUGAGGCGCCGCAAGCGUUCGACUUGCCCUGAGCUGGUGGGCUCGCGGCGGGGCUACCUGCUCGCGGCUGGAGCAGAGACGGGCGGCCGUUGGGGCGAGGGGGCGUGCGAGCUCCUCGUUGCCCUGGCCCGAGCCCGGGCGAGGAGCGCGCCGGCGGCGCUGCGAGGGUCGCUCGCGACCGCGCUGCUGCGCAGGUGGAGCGGCAUGUUGGCGCGCGCCAUCCGCGACGCCCUUGCAGCGAGCCUACUCAAG